AUGUACAAAAAAUUAAUAACAAAAGGGGUGAAAAAUGAUGGAUAUGAACUCUUUAUUCCUGCUAUUAAAGUAACUUGUAGGGGUGUAGUAAAUAAUGUCGGUGCAAGUAUUUCUGAUAUUGAAUUAAUUACGUUUUCGGGUGUAUCCUCAGUAAAUAUUAAAGUUUUGGAGGUAAGACGUUUCAAAAGAAAAUCAAAAUAUGGUUCAGGCUCCAUAAUGUUCCAUGUGAGACGAAGGCCGGCGGACUGCGCUCCGAGGAAGAGGAAAAAGAAACCGGGAGCUCUUGGGCAAGCCACGAGCACCCGAGAUGUUCGAGGAGAUACUGCCCCCUUACUGGUCGAGUUGGGACCCGAUGGUUCAGCCCCACAUCCAGGUGAUACAGCUAGGACCAUUAGGUUGACUAACGAUGUUAUGGAGGAACUUCAAAAAUAUAAUGUGUCAUAUCUUUUAACAUCUUUUCUGAACCAAGAUCCUCUAGAAAAUUUUUUCGCUAUUGUGCGCAAUAGGGGUGGUUACAAUUCAACACCUAGUGUUAGUCAGUUAAGAAUUGCCAUUAAGCAUAACACAAAUAUUAAGCUAAAAAUUUGUUUAGACAAUGGAAAUUAUGCAAUAGCACAAACUGAUAAUUUAAAUUUAACCCACGAAGUAACUAGCGUCAAAAUAUCUGAUGAGUCCAUUGAAACCCAAACAGUUCAUGUAGAAAAAUAUUUAGACAAGUAA